UCCUCAUGCCCUCGUUUGACACUUGGUCCCAACUACAACAAUGCUCGCCCCUAUUUACGUGAAGAGGUACGUAUAAAUCCUGACCUAAAUUUUCAAAGAUUAAACACGAUUAUUCAACGUGCCUCCGGCUUUAUCUCCACCGGCUAUAUAUAGUGGACAUUGUCCCAUUGAAGGCCACAGCAUAGUGUGUGUACUAGUUAAUCCAUGCAGCAGUAGUAAGAGAAGAUGAGCUUGCCAGUGACCUAUGUUGAGGGCUUCCAUGAUGUGGAUUUGGUGAAGAAGAUGCAAUAUGUACAGCUGGGAAAAACUGACAUGCAUGUGUCACGGCUCAGCUUAGGCACUUCUGCAUUUGGUAGUGUUUUCCGUCAGACAGAUGACAAAGAGAGCCAUGAGGUGCUGAAAGUGGCCCUGAAGUCGGGGAUUAAUUAUUUGGAUUGUGCCCCAUGGUACGGACACGGGAAAGCUGAGACUGUACUGGGACAGGCUCUGAAGUCCAUUCCACGCCAGGCCUACUACGUGGCUACCAAGGUAGGACGCUAUCUGCCAGAGGCCACCAAGAUGUUUGAUUUCUCUGCUGAGAGAACCAUGAGAAGCGUGGAUGAAAGCUUACAGAGACUGGGACUGGAGUAUAUAGAUGUUAUACAGGUACAUGACAUGGAGUUUGCCCCCAGUCUUGACGUCAUCAUCAACGAGACACUGCCAGCUCUCCAGAAGUGCAAAGACAUGGGUAAAGUCAGGCAUAUUGGAAUCACAGGCUAUCCACUGGAAAACUUCAGAACAGUUCUGGAGAGAAGUACAGUGAAGAUAGACACCAUUCUCACUUACUGCAGGUGUGCCAUGAAUGACACUAGUCUCAGGGAGUACUAUCCUUAUCUGAAGGAGCGUGGUGUUGGUAUACUCAAUGGCUCCCCAAUAGGCAUGGGUCUGUUGACUCACAGAGGGCCUGCUGACUGGCAUCCAGCUACACAGGAAAUACGAGAGAAAUGUGCAGAAGCUGCGAGGUAUUGUCAGGAACAAAAUGUGGACAUUUCUAAACUUGCCAUGCAGUUUGCUUUAGAACAGCCAGAACCCCACUCUACCAUGUUCAGUACUGCCAGUUUGGUUAACCUUCAGAAGAACCUUGAAGUUUAUUGGAAUGGAGUGACAGAUGGGGAGAGGAAAGUCAUGGAGGAGGUUAUGGAGAGAUUCAUGAAUACCAUAAGCUGCAACCAUUGGGAGGGGGUGGAAGAGAAACUCUACUGGAAAGCCAUACAAGAUGCCAAAAACCUGGGAAAAGACACCUUGCCCAACCUGGGGUGACACACCUACUUAGCAGUACACUAGGGCCUCAUUCACAACCAAGUUGAUCUAACUAGUCCGCAGAUCAAAUAUGGCACACACUUGACAAUGGAUUCCAGCCUCCCAUGUGUGCCGUCCCAGCAGGAGCAGGGCAAUUAAUUCUCGCCAUGCUUCUCAGUGGAUUGCGCCAUAUUUGAUCUGCGGACUAGUUAGUCUGCGGAUCAACUAUUUCUGAAUGCGCCCUAAGCCUUUUGCAGCUAGAUGACUAGAUGUUAAAUUCCUUUGUGUACUGAAGAGCUUGCUGUCCAGUAAACAAAAGAAUCAAAUCACAGUUCCUCUGAAGAUUUUUUUUGGAGAAAGACAUUAACACUGUAGUCAUGGUAAUUUAUUUUUAGAUUGACUUUCAUUUGGGGUCUUGUAGAAAGGAAUUUUCUUCAGUGCCAUCUAAAAUCGUAUGAUUAAUUUAUAGUGAUAUAACUUUGAAAGGCAUUCAGUGACAUAAUUAUUAUUUUGUGGGAUUUCAUAUGGAGGUAUGGGAAGCUGCCAUGUUUAUUGAUCAAUAUUGAAUUAUAGGUGAUUAAUAUUAAAUGCUAUCAGAGAUAUAUCACAUCAUAAUGGUUAUGUUACAUUAUAAUGGAGGUGGCUUUUUCUGUGUACCAAAAGAGCAGGGGAAUUCUUAGGAUGUGGUAAAAUGCUCAAAUAAAUUCUAAAUGAAGUGCAAAUAAAUAUUCAUAACAUUCCAUUGUCUAAUUGUUUACAUAUAACUGUAUAAUUUUGUAUUUUGUUAUAGUUAUACUUUAUUUUCAAACAUGA